AUGGAGGACGUCGUGCAUCCCCCUUCUGCCAGGAGAAGUAUCGAAAGUAUUUGUACGAUUGCAGGUACAAAGGUUCCAAGCAUUCCACCCAUCCCCCCGGAUUCGGUUCCCAACCUUGAAUCGAUCCGCAAAGUGUAUGAUCUUGCAUUUGCUCCGGGUCUCGACAAGUUUCUAGAAUCCGGCCCAUCCAAGUGGUUCGCCCGAGAGGGGUUCGCCUUACUGAGCUCGGAUCGAAGUCAGCUUGGGCGUAUGCUGGCCUACCUUACGUUGGUUAGUAACCAUCCUGAGGCAUCGGGCGAAAACCCCACCCUCGCAAGUCAAGAAGCCCGUGUCACCUGGGCUCUACUCGAAUUGUGUAUCCGGCCUGAACAUGACGGUGGAGAGGAAGCAGAUAGACUUGCUCGCCGCUGCCGGGCAAUGACGUCAAUAUUGACGGGCGAGGCAUUUUCAAGUCCGACUACAUCGAUCGCAGACUUUGUGCAUCAGGACGAAGCGGAGCCAGAAGCGAAAGGAAACGCUCUGGAGAGACAAGUUGCGAACCGGUCCGACGAGUUUUGGAGACUGGUCGAGACAGCGGCUACAAGCCAAGGACCGAAUGGGGAAGGCAUCUCUCGUGCGGCGGUGCAACAGUGUCGACGGUUACUGGAUGGGAUGGAAAACCGAGACAUUAUUUACAGCAUCAUGUUAUUGGGAUCAAAGACGAAUGGCAACGGUGACCUUACUUCGGAGCGAGAACUGGCGAAGAGAUACCUUGAGUCUCAGGCGAAUGGACGUGCUACGAAUCAAGUUUUUGCUACAAUUUCAGGCAUGGCGUUGAGGGCCUAUACGAUGUGA